AUGGCAGAAAAGAACGUCAUCGGAAAGUGGAAGCUAGUACGAAGCGAUGAAAACUUUGAGAACUACAUGACCCAAAUAGGUAUUGGAAAAGUAGGGAGAGCAUGGAGAAAAAAAUAUAAGCCAACUCAGAUUAUUGUUAAGUUAGGUAACAAAAUGGCAAUCAGAACAACAAAUGGUUUAUUCGUCAAUCUAGCUGAAUUUGAACUUGGUGAAGAGCUUACAGAGAAAACCGUUAAGGGUGAAGUAGUGAAGACAACUUAUACCUUUGAAGGCGAUGACGAACAAACUUUAACGUCCACGUCUAAUGGUAGCAAGCAUGGUAUUCUAAAAACUGAGAGGGUAGUAGAAGGUUCGGAAAUGGUCCAUACAUUAACAAUCUGUGAUAUUGUUUGCAAACGAUAUUACAAGAAAGUGGGCGAAGCUCCUCCAUUUGAAAAAGUUAUUCCGCCGAAGCCCGGAAGUGCUGAUGCUCCAGCAUCAGAACAUGAUGCAAAUGAAGAAAAAGAAGAUCAGGAAGAUUAA